AACGAAUCAAAAGGAGAGAUUAAUUUACUGUAAACAAGUUUCAUGUGUAUUCGUGUUCCUGGAUUAGCUCCUGGAUUCACCACCAGGCUGACCAGGAUAAAACUGCUAGUGAAAUGAAUUAAUUCAUAUUUUAUAUGUUUAUUUAGUACUGGAACUUGCAUCUAUAACUGUCUUGUGCAUAAAAUAUAUGUAAACAGGCGUUGAGGCCGAGACUUUUGUAUUGUAUUGUAUCGCAAAGAGUACCGCGUUGCCUUCAUAUCCCAGAAUCCUUUGCGCCUAGCGUCACCAUGUGAUUGCGGAAGUACAACAGCAGGAUUAGAGGCAGCUUUUCUUACUCGAGUUCUCAGCACAGUCCUAAACAAACCGCACUAGCUUUAAUGGCUGCUCUAAAAUACGCAGGAAUGGAUGAUACUGACAGCGAGGAUGAACUUCCUCCUGGCUGGGAAGAGAGGUCCACAAAGGACGGCUGGCUUUAUUAUGCCAAUCAUGAGGAGAUGAAGACACAGUGGGAGCAUCCUAAAACUGGAAAGAAGAAACGCUGUGCAGGAGAUCUGCCUUACGGGUGGGAGCAAGAGACGGAUGCCAAGGGUCAGAUAUUUUAUGUUGAUCACAUCAAUAAGAGGAAGACGUACUUUGACCCUCGGCAGGCCUUCACCGUAGAGGAUGUGCAGGUGAAGCCUAAGCGCUAUGAUGGCAACACUCCUGCGCUGGAGAUCCUGCAGGGUCAUGAUCUAUCGAACAAGGUCAUAAUCAUCACGGGGGGCAAUUCUGGUAUCGGUUUUGAAACAGCGAGGUCGUUUGCCCUUCAUGGUGCCCAUGUGAUCUUAGCCUGCCGGAACAAAGCUCGCAGCAGUAAAGCAGUUAACCGGAUCCUAGAGGAGUGGCACAAAGCUCAUGUUGAAGCCAUGACCCUGGACUUGGCCUCAUUGAGAAGUGUCCGAGAGUUUGCAGAGGCAUUCAAAGCAAAGAAACUGCCCCUGCACAUCCUGGUGUGUAAUGCGGCGGUGUGUACGCAGCCAUGGCGUCUGACGGAGGACGGGUUGGAGUCUACCUUCCAGAUCUGCCAUCUGGGCCACUUCUACCUGGUGCAGCUGCUGCAGAACGUGCUGGGGCGUUCGGCUCCUGCCCGUGUGGUAGUGCUGUCCUCCGAAUCUCACAGGUUCACAGAUCUGCUGGACUCUUGUGGAAAGAUGGAUCUGACUCUGCUCUCGCCACCCCAGAAGGAGUACUGGUCCAUGCUGGCCUACAACAGGGCCAAGCUCUGCAACAUCCUUUUCUCCAAUGAGCUGAACCGUCGCCUCUCUCCUCAUGGGGUCACUUCCAACGCUGUGCACCCUGGGAACAUGAUGUAUACUUCCAUCCACCGCAGCUGGUGGCUCAUGACCUUCCUUUUCAAUCUGGCACGCCCCUUCACCAAGUCCAUGGUAAGAUGUUCUUCCACUUUGUAUAUGUUAACAAAUCAGUAAAAGUGACCCAAUCACGCAAUUUUUUUUUUGACAAGAACUCAACCACCAUCCAAAUGUUUCAGUCAAGUUAGUGAUGUUCGUUGGGAAAAAAAUGUAUUCCUCUACAUAAUAACACAUUCAACAACUAUUAGCCACGCUGAGAAGAAAACUAACUGAAAAAAUAAACCGGGAAUUUUGAAGUUUCUUUUAAGUAGCUGCUUGAUAGCAAUAGCUGCCUGUUAAGCAUUUUGUGUCUGUUCGACAUAAUCGACAAAUAUUCACAUAAUAAUAGGAAUAUGUGACAGGUUUGACUUGAGGCUGAUCCCUGUGAGGAAAAACUUUUUAAUAAGAAUAUUUUCUCUGAAAAAAAAAACAAACAUGCUAAAGAAUCUUUAAAGGAAAUGCAAACUAAUUGUGAACUAAUAAUAUGCUUUAAAAAAAAAAAAAAAUCUGCUUUUUUUUAAUCUGCUUUUUUAAAAUUGCCUUUUAUUGACAAGACCUACAGAUUUAUUUAAAACAACAAAAAAUAAAUGAGUCGAAAGAUUUCUUUUUGUUUUGUAAGGUCAAUGUAAUGGUGUGAGAUACGUGUAGACAACAUUAAUUAGCUGCAUUAGUAAUUUCAGCAGUGGAGGGUCCUCACAAGGAUAGUAAGUCAAGUUUAAGUGUGCAUGGAGAGAGAGAGAGAGAGAAAGAGCGAGUGAUCGAGAAAGAGAGAGUGAUAGAGAGAGAGACAGUGAUGGAGAGAGAGAGACAGUGAUAGAGAGACAGUAAUAGAGAGAGACAGUGGUAGAGAGAGAGACAGUGAUAGAGAGAGAGACAGUGAGAGAGGGAGAAACAGUGAUAUAGAGAGAGACAGUGAGAGAGAGACAGUGAUAGAGAGAGAGAGUGAUAGAGAGAGACAGUGGUAGAGAGAGAGACAGUGAUAGAGAGAGAGACAAUGAUAGAGAGAGAGAGCGGGAGAGAGAGAGACAGUGGUAGAGAGAGAGACAGUGAUAGAGAGAGAUACAGUGGUAGAGAGAGAGAGACAGUGAUAGAGAGAGAGACAGUGGUAGAGAGAGAAAGACAGUGAUAGAGAGAGAGAGACAGUGAUAGAGUGAGAGAGCGAGAGAGAGACAGUGAUGGAGAGAGAGAGAAAGUGAUAGAGAGAGAGACAGUGAGAGAGAGAGACAGUGAGAGAGAGAGAGAGAGAGACAGUGAUAGAGAGAGAGCGGGAGAGAGAGAGACAGUGAUAGAGAGAGAGAGCGGGAGAGAGAGACAGUGAUAGAGAGAGAGAGACAGUGAUAGAGAGUGGGAGAGAGAGACAGUGAUAGAGAGAGAGCGGGAGAGAGAGAGACAGUGAUAGAGAGAGAGAGCGGGAGAGAGAGACAGUGAUAGAGAGAGAGAGACAGUGAUAGAGAGAGAGAGACAGUGAUAGAGAGAGAGAGUGGGAGAGAGAGACAGUGAUAGAGAGAGAGAGACAGUGAUAGAGAGAGAGAGCGUGAGAGAGAGAGACAGUGAGAGAGAGAGAGAGAGAGACAGUGAUAGAGAGAGAGCGGGAGAGAGAGAGACAGUGAUAGAGAGAGAGAGCGGGAGAGAGAGACAGUGAUAGAGAGAGAGAGACAGUGAUAGAGAGUGGGAGAGAGAGACAGUGAUAGAGAGAGAGCGGGAGAGAGAGAGACAGUGAUAGAGAGAGAGAGCGGGAGAGAGAGACAGUGAUAGAGAGAGAGAGACAGUGAUAGAGAGAGAGAGACAGUGAUAGAGAGAGAGAGUGGGAGAGAGAGACAGUGAUAGAGAGAGAGAGACAGUGAUAGAGAGAGAGAGCGUGAGAGAGAGAGAGACAGCGAUAGAGAGAGAGGGAGAGACAAUGAUAGAGAGAGAGAGGGAGAGACAGUGAUAGAGAGAGAGAGAGAAUGAAUGAAUGUGCAUGCAGUUGUCUUCCUUUUCCAACACAUGUAUGCUAGUAAAUGAAGUCAUCUAACUUGAAACACCGGGCACUGGCACCGUUAAUGAGCACAACAGUGGACCAUGCUGGACAGGCCUGGGUACAUACCCACACACACACACACACACACACACACACACACACACACACACACACACAGAAACCCCUCCUCUCAGCUACAUAUGCUCACACACCUGGUCCACAUCGUUACCUGUUUACAAAUGACCAGCAAUUUUCUGCUUGGUUCAGCAGCAACUGUUCCUCCUCCCUGGUGCUAUCAUUAGGGUGUGAGAGCUCAUGUUUGGUUAUUAUGCUUGUCUCUAGUGUUUUGUCUCUCUUGUUUUGUACACAUAAUCAUGGCCUUCCUCUCCCUCUCUGGCACCUUUUCUGCUAAAUUAUGCACUCUGGGCCAGAUUGCUCCAACCCAGCAUUUGCAUGCUCUAUUUGGAUUUG